GCCCUGUCUGUAGUCGAACAACAGUCGCAGUGCAAACAAGUCGGCGAUGAAGCAGCUUCUGGUGGCUUUGCUGGCCGCUCUGCUGGUAGCCGCCGUCCAGGCCGGCAUUCUGGGCAGGAUUUUCCACCGGGAGUCCACCUCCACCUCCACGUCCACCUCAACCUCCACAACUACAACCACGGAGGAGCCGCGUCGUCCCUUCUUCCUCAACAACAAUAUACCCGCCAUCCAGGAGGGCUGUGAAGGGCAGUUCAAGUGCAAGAAGAAGCUCACCCAGGUGCCGGCUCCCCGGCCCUGCUUGAAGUACUGCCUCCACCGCGUGACCUGUCCCAACAACCAGACCACCACGGCCAAGCCCAACCAGUGCGUCGAUCUGGACGAGGAGCAGGUGCUGGCCUCCUACCAGUCCCCCACGGAGCCCCCAGUCGCCGGGAAACCCGCCGUCAACACCAUGAUGGUGGCCAUGAUCGACUUUCCCUGCCAGCCUGGCUACCUGCCGGACCAUCGGGGCCGCUGUCGGGAAAUCUGGUAGUUCGGCGCCAUAAUUACUAGGUAUACCUGUGGAAUUUUUAUAUAAACAUGCAUAGUCUGAAUAAUCACAAUAAAACCCCAAUGAACUGCCGAGCGCCAAAGAUCA